AUGAAACGCGUCCUCCUCAUGUACGGCAACGGCGGCGGCGGGCACAAGGCGUCUGCGCUAGCGGUAGCCGCAGCGCUGCCCGCGUCGCGCGUGCACGUGGAGCUAGUGGACGCUGCGUCCAUCUCGGGCGCGUCCGCGGGCGACCGUCUGUACAACGUGCUUCUAUCGCACAACGCAGUGGCUGCCAUCGAGGCGAUGCACGCGGCCAUUGCCUUUCUGUUCCCGCUGGCCCUUCCGUCGCUGCGCAGCGCCUUCCGCGCCCACUGGCGCGCGGUGCCGCACCUGUGCUGCGUCGUGUCGUUCGUGCCGAUGCUCAACGCGGUCUUCGCCGAGACGCUGCCCGCGCACGUCCCGCUGCUGACCGUGCUCACGGACUUUGCGCACACCCGGUCGCACCCGUGGAUGCAGCACCCGCGCCAGUACAUCGUCGCCGGCACGGACGUGGCGUACGCGCAGGCCGUGGCGAAGGGCUACCUGCCGCCGGCCACCGUCGGCACCUCGCAGACGGUCGCCCGCUCGUCGGGCAUGGUCGUGCACCCGCGCUUUUAUGCCGGCAAGGCGGCGCACGGGUGCGUGGCCGCGCGCAGGGAGAGACUGGCCGCUAUGGCGCUGGACGUGCGACGCGUCACGGUGCUGAUUUUGUUUGGCGGAGAGCCACCGACGGAGCGCGUGGUGGAGCUGGUGGAGAUGUUUGUGCGGCGCGAGGACAAGGUGAAUGUGGUGGUGGUGUGCGGGCGGAACCGGCAGCUGCUGGACAAGCUGCAGCGACGGAAGAAGGUGGGCGGGGGCGAGUAUGCGGGGACGUGGGUGACGGGGUUCUCGCGGGACAUUGCGGGGCUGAUGCAGGUGAGCGACGUGCUGGUGGGCAAGCCCGGGCCGGGGGUGGUGUCGGAGGCGUACGUGAGCGGGGUGCCGUGCGUGGUGGUGAGCGGGGAGGAGGGGGUGAUGCGGCAGGAGCGG